AGCCUGUGUGUUCUCAACAAUCCCAGGCCCAGGUCACAUACGAGGCACUGAUGCAAAUGAAGUACCAGGACACGGUCAUCAGCGAGUCUGCGCGUCUCUGGCCAAUCACCCCACACGUUGAGAGGACUUGCAAGACGACCGUAGAGGUGAACGGGGUGACCAUCCUGAAGGGCGCGGUGGUAGCAGCAGCUGUUUACCUUCUGCACCGGGACCCUCAGCAGUCGCCUGACUCCUUCAGGCCUGAGAGGUUCAGUAAAGACAAUAAGGAGAGAAUCGACCCUUACACCUACCUGCCAUUUGGAACUGGCCCAUGAAACUGCAUUAGAGUGAAGUUUGCCCUCUUGAUCAUGAAGCAUGCUGUGGUGAAGCUGCUUCAGAACUUUGAUCUGGAAACAUGCGAAGAUAAGCAGAUCCCGCUUGAACUGAUUAUAAUGUACCGGCCCAAGAAACCCAUAACACUGAAGCUUGUCCCACAAGCUGAAACUAAUAGGGAGGAGUCAACGAGCAACAGAAUUAAUAAACAGGAUGUCUAA